AUGGCGGCAACGCUUAGUUUCGCCUCUCUCUCCGCCGUCCGUCCUCGCCGAUUCCCCGAGGAAUGUUCCACCUCCUCCAGGUUCAAUCAAAAAUCGACUUCCAAUUGCUCUAAUCACCGCGGCGUUUCAAUCCGAGCCGUAGCGGGAGUAGUCGAGUCACGGCGGCCGGCAAAGUGUCUCUACGAAGUUCUCCGGCUGAAACCAGGAGCAUCUUCUACGGACAUCAAAUCGGCUUACCGAAGUCUGGCGAAGGUUUACCAUCCCGACACGGCGGCGCGACGCUUGCCGGAGUUUGGCGACGGAGACUUCAUCGAGAUCCGCAACGCUUACGAGACGCUUUAUGAUCCGUCGACGAGAGCGGUUUAUGACAUGUCACUGAUGGCGGUGCACGGCGGAAGGAGCCGGCAGUUUUCGGCUCCGGUGACACAGAUACGGUAUUCUGGAUAUUAUAUGAAUAGAAGAUGGGAAACAGACCAAUGCUGGUAG